AUGCGGCUCAACUUUUCGGUCCACAGGUCCGCCAUCUUCAAUUCCUUCCUGGGCUUACUGGAUAUCAAGCUUGGAGCUGAAAUUGUCCUGCUGUUCGGACUAAUAAACAAAGUCGCUGGUCUCUAUGGUCUGAUAACCAUCGUUGUCGGAGGAACAUUCCCUCAAUUACUGUACUAUGCGUACUCUACGGGCACGCUGUUCGCAUUUUUGUGGGGAUUGAAAGUGGUCAAGUCGGAAAAAUCAGCGCCGGCGCUGCUGCUCUCGCAUCUCUAUGCCCUCGACCAUGCCAUCUCCACAGUCUUCCACUACGUCUUCUUCUACAAAUACUGGUACAACACCCCCCAUGAUGGAAGGAGGACGAUCAACUCCCAAGCCCAGCAGGAUUUGAUCAAUCUGGCUCUCAGCCGAGGCGAGAUCACAGAGCCAGUUGGUGGAGACAGUAAUAGGCUUGAUGAGCUUCGUGCGGCUCUUGCGGAGGAUAUCUGGGCGCAGGAGAAGGGGUUCGCUGUUUGGACUUUGGUCGCUGGAUGGGCUUUGAAGAUCUACUUUAUCCUCAUCCUCUAUUCCUACGCCGCCCAUCUUGCCUCAUCGACGUACCACACUCUUCCCCUGACCGCCCGAGGGAGAGCCACCCAAAUCGCCCACCCUGAUCCUUCCAAGUCCUCAGACCGCACGGACCCUCAUACCGGUGGUCGCGCGGCGGCUGAGAAUGAUGAUGACGAAGAACUGAGGAAGGCACAACAUGCUACUGAAGAAGUUGGAUCUGCCCCCGCGCAAACCCAGGGGAAGGGUGAAGGAAAGGGGAAGGGAAAGGGAAAGGCCGGAGGAGAUGAGGAUGAUUUCUCUUGGGACUAA